AUGCCAUUCGGUUUCUUCAAAAAGAACAAGGAUACACCUCAGGCCAAUGCCAAACCAAAUUCUGAUCUAGCAAAGAAAUUGCAACAGAAAGAUGCUGGGUCAUGGGCUGUGAACGAAGUUGGUAUUUGGUUGGACUUGGUCGGAUUGGGUGAAUACAAGAAUGUAUUCAUCAACAAUUCUAUCAGUGGUCAAGAAUUAUUAGAAUUAGGAGAAGAAGAUAUGAAUCAACUUCAAAUCACUAAAUUAGGUCACCGAAAGAAAUUUAAGAAAUUAGUUGAGGCUCUCAAAAAGAAUUCCAACAUUACAAACUUUCUCGAAGCUCUCUCAGAAUCCAAUGACUCGGCAGAGAAUAUGCCAUCGGCUCAAUCUUCUUCACAGCCUUCUUCCGCGGCACAAAAUCAAUCUUCGGAUUUGAGUGGUGGAAGUUCUUCCAAUAAUAAUGCCUCUUCUGGUAUUGAUCUUGUAUUCAAGUGUUAUCACAAUGAUGACGUCCAUUUGAUUGCUCUCAAGAAAGAUAGAGCCACAUUUAAUGAAUUAAAGUUGAGAAUCAUUGAAGAAUAUCACUGUUUAAAACCAGUGAUUAAAUACAAGGACACAGAAGGUGAUUUCAUUAACAUUAGAAAAGAAGAAGAUUUUGCAAUUUGUUUACAAAACGUUCCAGUGGAUUCUGCUAUUAGAUUGUACAUUACUACUGAGAAUGAUUCUUCAGCUCAAUUGAACGAUGAUACAUCAAGUCAAACCAGUGGAAGUGAAUUAUCAUCCAGCAAUAUGGCGCAAUUGCAAGUUCAACGUCACAUUGAACAAUUUCCAAGUAUUUAUGGUGAAGAUGAAGAACCAGAAAUGGAUGAUGGUGCUGUUUUCUUUGAUGACUUUGUUGAUGCUGUUAUUAUUAUUACAGAUGAUAAGAUUAUUCAAUAUGUGAACAAGAGUGUGGAAAAGGCAUUUGGUUAUAAUAGAAAGGAAUUAAUUGGAAGAAAUGUUAAAAUCUUGAUGAGCAAUCCACACAGAGCUCAACAUGAUAACUAUGUAGAUAAUUAUUUGAGAACUGGUCAAGCAAAGAUUAUUGGAUCAGGAAGAAUGGUUGAAGCUCGUGCAAAGGAUGGUUUAAUUUUCCCAAUUUGGUUAUCAGUCGCUGAAUCUUCUUGGUUGGGAAGACAUGCAUUCACAGGAACUAUUCAAGAUUUGAGAAAGGAUAAGAGCAAACAAACAAACUCUUCUGUUACCAAUCUCUUAGAGAACUUGGUGGAUGCUGUCAUCAUUAUUGAUACGAAAUGCACUGUUUGCUUUAUGAACAAAUCAGCAGAGAAAAUGUUUUCUUACAAUAGAGAUGAAAUGAUUGGAAAGAAUAUUAACAAACUCAUGCCUGAAAAAUAUGCUUCAGUUCACGACACUUAUGUUUCUCACUAUUUAGAAACUGGAGAAAAGAAGGUGAUUGGUAGAGGAAGAAAGGUCACUGCUAAAGAUAAGCAAGGGAAUCAAUUCCCAAUUUGGUUGAGUGUAAGUGAGACGAAAUGGAAUGGAGAACGUGGAUUUGUUGGAACCAUUCAAGAUUUGAGAAAAGAUAAUUCUCUCGAAAAGAUCUUGAACUAG